ACAGAAUCUCUCAUUAUUGUCCAGUCUCUCCCUCGUAGCCUCCUUACUCUCGAUUGAUGGAAAUCCCUGCGACAUUGUAAGCCUUCAUGAGAAAGAACCGCAGCAGUAUACUCCACUCGCUCCCUCCCGUGCGCUGGCGACAGCACAAUGCCCCGAGCGCAACCCCGGACAUAAUAAAUCCUCAUGUCCUCAAAGAAGUCACCCUUCGCUCCCAUGAUGGCGACGGCGACGGCGACGGCGACUCCAAUCAUCGUCCGCGAGUACGAUCCUCCCACCAACCGCCCGCUCAAACCCUCCCCGUCGACAUCGUCCGAUAGAAAAGCCCCUGCCCUGCCUCCCGUCUCCGCCUUCACAUUCGCCUCCAUCCUCCGCGCAGCCGACUGCCCCGAGUUCCAGCUCGCGGUCGACGGCAUCGCCGACAUCUACGCCAAGAGCAGCCUCAGCCUGGCCCACGAGCACACCGCGCACCUGCCGCCCCUCGGCGAAAUCACCUCGGCCUCGACCCCCAGACGGGUCCGGCCUCCUCGUCAUGCCGGUUUCCGUCUGGCCCUGUCGAGCGUCCCCGAGGCCAGCUCGGGGAGCAGUGAAGGGAGUCGCCGCAGCGGUGGAAGUCAGAGGACGAUCGUCGCGAGGAACGAGAGGCGAGCCAGACGUGCUACCGCGACUUCUACUGCUACCAAGAAGAAAGUAAGCCCUCCCCGCCAGAUCCAAAUCGGGCGCAUGGGGAGGUCGGUGAAGGUCCUGGCGACGACUGCGCUGACGGCGGAGAGUUCGAUGGCGGUCAUUCCUACUACCAAUUCUGCCUCCGUCCCAUCGACUAAUCCGAGGCCAGCGAAUCCUGCGCCGUCGAGAGUUCUUACCCGACCUUUGCUGGGCAAUGCCAUUGCCAGUCUACGUGGUUUGCUCUCGAUGCGUGGGUGGUCUUCUCGAGACGGCUGAGGCGUUCUUUCGAUAAAUUUGAUUUGGUGGAAACGAAAUUAUGCUCAUCUAUUGAUCUACGAAGUGAUGAAAUAAUACCCAAACAAGUAACAAUAUUCGAAAUGAAAUGAGAAAGGAGAGAAGGUCAUCGGCUCAUGAUGAAGUCGCUGCUCUAUGCAGUCGUACCUUCACGCCAUGCUUGGGCGCCACCAGGAUA